CAAAAUGGCGCCUGGUCUAGGGACCAUGGCUGAUCAUCAGAUUUGUAUCAUUCCUGGUCUAUCAACAAACAAAAAAGUGUCAAACCCUGGUGCACUAUUGCGAAGACCAAGAGCGCCAAAGCUUCUCCCUCCCCUCUCAGCAGACGACCAAUCAGAACCAGAGAAGAAAGAAAAUGAAUUAGGCUCAGUGAUUGCCAUGUUCCAGAACACAUUUGACCUGGAAGCUCUGCGAGGAAUUGUUGUUGAACCCGAAAUAAUUUCCGCAAGAAGUAGAGCCCCAAGUUUGGCCUCCCCACCCCCUCCUUCAGAAUAUGAGGCCAACAACCACAAACUGGCACAGGUCAAUUAUAAUAUAAUUCAAAAAAAUACCUGGCACAAAUCUUUUGGCAACAACAGAUUGCUGAUCACAAACGAGGACAUGAAAUAUGUUUUAGACCCACUAUUGAGAGGAAAAACUAGCUUAGGGACGUACAUUGAUGGCAAAAGUCUCGUGAAGCCUCUAAAGUAUAGGGGCCCUGACCCUCUGCCCCGCCGUGCUGCCAGGAGGAAUGUAGGGGUGCUCAUCAAUUACGACGUUGACGACCAAAGAUUCUUUGAGCCACCAGCUUUUACCCUGGAACAUUUUAUCUACAAAAUGGCGGAGAUGAAAAACUUAUCAGUUCCGAGGGUGAGGAAAAUUGUCUACUCCAAGCACAAUGUAAAAAAGUUAACAGACAUGUUGGCGCAGGUGCUGAAUCCCAAGACACAAGACAGUCUUCAUACAAUCAACUUUGAUGCCUCAGAAAUCCCCAUGAAAGAAAACAGGAUCCCCCAAAAACAACUGCUGUAUGAAAUGGCUGCGCUGAUUAAAGAACACGUGAGGGACGUGAUAGGCACGGAUGUGAAGUCAGUCAUACGGCCAAUGCCCAAGUACAGCCCCGACCGUACGGGCACAUCCAGGCCACAUACAGAGAUCAUACUGUACGAGGACGACAAGAAGAGCCGGACCAGUACAGCAGUGCGGAUCAAACAAGACACAGAAACCCCUGGGGUGGACGCCGUUGUUUAUUCUGCUCAUUCACGUGUUUUUCAAGGGUCAGAGAGGAGCAGGUCACCUUUUGCUGCCCCUGAGGAUGAGACCAUUACACCCUCAGAGCUAGCCAUACUGGACACUCUUAUAGCUGGGGGGACGGCUCUAAGCAUGAAAGCUCACUUCAUUGACGACUUACCUGACAUCUCUCCACUGGCACAAACGUUAACGUAUGUUAACCUAAGUUUUAACAAUUUUAAGGUGUUUCCCAUUGAAGUGUUAGACCUUCCGAACUUGGAGGUUCUCAAGUUGAGAAAUAACCCACUCAUUGAAAUACCAGGGGAGAUUAUCAAGCUGCAAAAACUUAGAGUUCUAAUCGCUUCAUUUUGUCUUAUUUCUGCGCUUCCCUCCACGUUGUUCACCUUACCUCACCUGGAUGACCUGAGCCUCUCCUACAAUAGGCUGACCUUUCUGCCCUCAGAGGUCGCGACAUUACAGUCCCUGAAAGUGCUGGACCUAGAGGGCAACCAGCUCCCAGCGCUGCCAGCCUCUUGUCUCUUCAUGGCCAACCUGGCACAUGUCAAUGUCCGGAACAAUUUCAUGCAUCCCCUCUUCUGGAGGGAGAACACUAAAAAUAAACCACAGAAUCUUCUGGACCUCUCUUGCGUUCAAGUUUACAAAAUGUCAGAUCCCAGCAUGCACUAUUUGUUUACAGAUGAUGUCAUCAAAGCACUUAGCAGGGUUGAAGAGUGUGACUGCUGCAGGGGUCCCCUGUUUGGUCCAGGUUUGAGAACCAUCUGCCCAGUGCCCAGACUGUUCACUGUCAAAAACAUGCCAUUUUUGUUCCGAGCAUGCACGCCCACCUGCCUCACACAGUUUAAAGAAAUGAAACCUGAAGCUUUAGCUGUGUUCUUGUAUGGCCAGUGAAGGGUUAAAAUAUUUUAGCUGUGUUCUUGUAUGGCGAGUGAAGGGUUAAAAUGUUUUACUCACUAGGAGAGCUGAAUAUCUUAGCCUUUAUCCAACAACCAGUAUUAUUAGAAAUUAAGCAGCAAAAACCUGCUGACAUUAUUUUGUAACCCUGAGGUGUAGAGAAAAAAAUUAUUAGUUUAUUGUUUUUUUUUUUUUUUUUUUGCUAAACAUAAUUUGAUGUUUAAUUGACUUGUUGCCAAAACAUUUUUCAAGUUUUUUUUGUUGUUGCCAAAAUCUGUUUUAUGUUUAUUUCUUGUUACCUAAAGUAUUUCAUGUUAUUUUACUUGUAACCAGAAACAGUGUUUUAAUAAAAUAAUGUCACUAUUACUUACAAUUACCAAUCAGGUUUGAUAAUGAACUGUGUAUAUAAGUAUAUUCUUGUAAAUACGUAUAUAGAUAUAUAUUUUGGUUAUGCACUGUACAGUGAAGUAUAUUAAAAUAAAUGUGAAAACUUCUAUGUUGAUUUUAAAAUCACACGCUGUGGAUUUUGCUAUAACAGUUGAAAUGUGCAGUCAUACAUUGUGUCAGCUCUACAAGUUUAUAAAUAGAUUUUUUAAAAUUCCAAAGUAAUCUAAAAAUAAUGUCAAAAAAGUAAUAAAAAGAAAACAAAAUCAUAAAAUUAAAAUUUGCACUUUUUU